AUGGCCACAGUCGAUGCCGAUGAGAUCGUCCCCUUCCCGGAGGUGCCUACCUCGGUGAGCCCAGCUUCAUCAACGGGCCAGAUUCCACUCGAUCAGCCUCCGAAGGCGAAAGGGCGGCAUAAGCUGCUACAGAGUCUUCAGCGCAUUUCUUCGAGUCCGACGCUAACUCGGCGCAGUCGAUCUGCGUCAGCCGGCUACCAUCGAGAUGGAAAGGCGUCACUGUCAUGUGUCUCUCUCUCACAGUCCUCGUAUACUCCUUGUCUCACCAAUGGUAGCAAUUCCCAGCUAUAUGGUGGACUGAACAUGCGUCCCACAACGCCGGGCCAUUCCGGAAGCCACACCCCAGAUGACCAAGAAGGGAAUGCUCGAAUCCGUUUUGUCGUGGACGCUGCGAAUGGUCCUCAGUCGAGAAAGGUUGCGUUACCCACUGAAUUGAGACCGGGAUCACGAAGCUCUCCACUCGCAGCCGCCGAGUCCUCGACACGGAAGGUAUUUGAUUUCUGGGGAAAGAUGCCCAUUGAGCUCGGAAUGCUCAUCUUUAGUUACCUAUCCCCCAAGGAGAUUAUCCGAUGCUCUGCUGUUUGCAAAUGGUGGAACAAAAUGUGCUAUGAUGGACAGCUGUGGUCUAGCAUUGACACCACGGACUACUACCGCGAUAUUCCGAGCGAUGCGCUCAUGAAAAUAAUCAUGUCGGGCGGACCUUUCAUCAAGGAUUUGAACCUCCGCGGCUGCAUUCAACUGCGAGAGAAAUGGUUGAACGAGAGUGAGAAGAUUACAGCCUUGUGUCGGAAUGUUGUGAACUUCUCAUUGGAGGGCAGCCGGAUCGACAAGACAGCGAUACAUUGCUUCUUCCUACGCAACCGGCGCCUUGAGUACAUCAAUGUCUCUGGACUGGACAGUGUGACGAAUUCAGCUAUGAAAAUCAUUGCCAAAUCAUGCCCCCAGCUCCGGAUUUUGAAUGUCUCUUGGUGCGCGAACGUGAAUACGACCGGUCUCAAGAAGAUCGUCAAGGCGUGCCCUAGGCUGACGGAACUGCUCGCUAGCGAAAUUCGUGGGUUUGACGACAAGGAUCUGCCCUUGGAGCUGUUCCAGCGGAAUAGUCUGGAGCGUCUGGUUAUAAGCCGGACGGACAUUACUGACGAUACUCUGACAAUUCUCAUGCACGGCGUGGACCCGGAAAUGGACGUUCUUGAGGACCGCCCGGUUGUUCCCCCUCGACGGCUAAGGCAUCUAGAUCUCCACCAGUGUGGAGGUCUCACCGACAAAGGUGUAAAGAGCCUCGCUCACAAUGUUCCCGAUCUUGUAGGGCUCCAGCUUUCAGGAUGUUCCGAGCUCACGGACGACUCCAUCGUGCCCAUCAUCCAGACCACGCCAAAUCUCACCCACCUUGAACUUGAGGAAUUGGAGAGCCUCACCAACCAAACACUUACUGAGCUUGCACAAUCGCCUUGCGCUCCGUUCCUUGAGCAUCUCAAUGUCAGUUAUUGCGAGGCCCUAAGCGACCCGGGAAUGCUCCGUGUGAUGAAGAGUUGCCCAUCCCUCCGAUUUGUCGAAAUGGACAAUACCCGCAUCUCGGACUUGACUUUGGCUGAAGCCAGCUUUCGGGUCCGCAAACGCGGCUACGGCGAGAACCUUCCCCAGGUUGGCUUGCGCCUAGUGAUUUUUGAUUGCCCGAAUGUAACGUGGGUUGGAGUCAAGGAGUUAAUGUCCGGGAAUACUCGCCUUCCUCGUCAUCGCAAGGUGCCCCAGGCCGUGUCUAUGGUGACCCAGACAAUCAACACAGACGGCACGCCAGGGCCAACGCCCAUGAUUACAUCCUCGAUUACGCCCCCUCCACCGCCCAUUGUAUACCCGAACCAGAUUAUCCAGUUUAAGUGUUUCUACGGCUGGCAGAUGACCGUGGAGGAGCAUACUAAGCGUGUUUUACGCGGAGAUCUCGCGGCGGCCAACCGGCUCGAGCGAAAAUGGUCUGAUUAUAUGAUUGCGACUGAAGAAGCCGGUGCUGUUGGUGCGGGUGCCAGAAGACGUCGUCGCCGUGCACGCGAAGCCGAACGCAUCUACAACGAUGACGAUGAAGUGGAAUCGUAUGGUUUUGGGGGCAUGCUCGGGGGGAGAAGACGUGCACGAAGUGGAGGCAGCUGUACAGUUAUGUAA